GCAAGGAACUAAAACCACAAGAGAUUCAACAUCAGCAAAAGGAUUACAGAUACCAAUCUAUUAACAUCCAAACUAACACAUUUACUUCAAUAAGCUUGACACGAGGAGACCAAUAAAUAGCCAGAAAUUCAAAUGACAUGGAACAGAAGAAGUUACUUUGGGAAGAAAAUGCCACGACUUUCCACCUGGGGCAUCCAUAUCAGGCACCAAUUUCUCAUCUUCCUUUUGCUUCCUGCAAUUCUGCUGCCUCUUUUACAUUUUUGGACUUCCCGGACUAUUGCAGAAUACCACUCCUUGAAAAUUGACUCACUACAUUAAGUUACUCUAAUUGCAAGCCCGACAUUACACUCCAUAACCU